AGCAUGUCGUCAAGUAAACAAGUAUGCUCAUUACCGUCAUCUAUCUUUAACAAAUCGAUACCUGAUGUGGAGACAACUCAACUACCUGGUCUUUACACAACAUUGGAAGCCCUUUCUCAACAACUACAUAAUCAUCAUCAGUUACCAAGAGGUACACCUACUAGAACAAGUAUAGAGCGGUUUGAAACUGCAUUCAAAGCUGCAAAAGCAAUAAUUACUGAUCAUGAUAGCGAUCCACAAGAAAAACAAAUAUCGCACCAAACUACAAUACGAAUAACCAAAAAUCAACUACUAGGUACAAUAAGUGACCAACAAGGAUCCUCAGUACCAUCUUCGCCACUAUUACUCUAUUCUUCUUCUUCUUCAGGUUCCACUUGUUCAAACUCUCCACUUCUUGGUUCAAAUUCACCUUCCCUUCAGGAUGAUUCAUCUCUUUCGACUUAUUCAGGGGAAUCGCAUCAUGACAAGGAUGGUGACACAAAUCAACAACAUCGGAUGAUCAAAAGGAAAAAAGAAGCAUCAGACAAGCAGCAACAACGAGUAUUACGACAAAGACGACCGCCAUCCUCUCCAAUAUUGGCUACCAAAUCGUAUUGGCCACGUCGUUCUUUAUCAAACAAAACGAUAAUGGUGAAGAUACCACUUUCUCAAGAUGAUCGUCCUAUUCGUCAAGUUCAAUUUGGAUCCCAUCUUAUUGACACUUGGUAUCGUGCACCUUAUCCUGAAGAAUAUAGUCAGAUCGAUGUAUUAUCUAUUUGUGAAUAUUGUCUCAAGUAUAUGAAAAGUGAUUUCGUAGCUAAAAGACACAAGGAAAAAUGUUUUAUGAAGCAUCCACCAGGAAAUGAAAUCUAUCGAGAUGGACCACUGUCUAUAUUUGAAGUGGAUGGUCGGAAAAACAAAAUCUAUUGUCAAAACCUUUGCUUGUUGGCCAAACUCUUUUUGGAUCAUAAAACACUUUAUUAUGAUGUGGAACCAUUUCUCUUUUACAUUCUAACUGAAACUGACCAUCAUGGAUGUCAUUUUGUUGCCUAUUUUUCAAAGGAAAAAAAGUCGGCUUUUGGAUAUAAUCUUUCUUGUAUCAUGACACUUCCUCCUCAUCAAAGAAAAGGCUAUGGACAAUUUUUGAUUGAUAUUAGUUACUUACUUUCUAAGAAAGAACAAAAACCAGGAUCACCUGAAAAACCAUUAUCCAACCUAGGAUUAUUAAGUUACAACAAGUAUUGGACUCGAGCUAUCAUGGACUAUUUAUCAACGACAGAAGAUCAACUUUUAUUAGAGACAACCAUUGAAGAUAUUAGUCGGCAUACAAUGAUGACAAUGGAUGAUGUGAUAGCUACUUUGGAUCGACAAGAUAUGUUGAAAAAGAAUGAACAAGGACAGUUUGAAUUGACGGUCAAAUCGGAUAAAAUGAUAACAGCAACCGAUGUGAUACGAGCUCGACAAGAAUCUUUGACGUGGGUGCCUUAUUGUAUAUGAAUUUUCUUUUAUUCUCAUUUAUUAUUAUUAUUAGAUCUAUUGUUUUUUAUUAUUAUCCUUCUUGAUUUGAUAUAUUCCCUAUUUUAUUCCAUUGACAAUAAAAGAAUCCUUAUACAUAUAGAUAUGAU